UAGCCAAUCAAGCGAAAGCGCAACCCCGCGUGCACGUCUUCUUCCUCAUCCCCGGCACAACCCGUUCCUGCACGCACGCGCUCGUUGCCCUCACGCCAGCCAUAGGUCGCUAGUGGUUUCUUUCUUCUCCAUUGACUGAUCGACCCCUGCAUGCGCGCGGGAAGCCGCCAUGCACGCGCGCCUCUGGGUCGCCGACGACUUCCGGCUCGGCUCCAGCAGCGGAGGCAGCAGCCCGGCCGCCUCCCCCUCCGGCCCCUCCGACAGCGACGGCGGAUCCACCAGCACCGACGAGCACUGCCCCGACGUCCCACGCGAGUCCCGGCGCCACUUCUCGCGUUUCCGCCCGACCUCUCCGUCCUCCUCCAGCCCACUGUGCGGCGACGACUACAAGCACCUGCAGCGCAUGGCCCUCCUCCUCCCCGCCUUCUCCUCCACCGCCGCGGCACGCGCGGGCGCUCUGCGUCAAUGGAUCGCCGGCUUCGACGUUGGCUGGGUGCUGGACAUGGGCCCCGGGAGCGGGACUGACCACGGCCUCCCGCGGCGGGAGGUCGGGGGGAGGAUCAGGGCGUGGGCGCAGGCGCUGGGCGCCAUGGACCGCGUCUUCCGAGGCCGGCACAACCUGGAGGUCCGCAGCCCGGCCAGCGACGCCGCGGCGGCGGAGCUAGCGGGCGAAAGCGUCGGCGUGAUGCUGAGGCUGACCGGCACCGGGACGCGUCCAGCAGGCCGGCAGCGUCGGCGUGAUGCUGCGCUGGCCGGCCUGCUGGACGCGUCCCGGCGCUGCGUGCGCGACCUCAGGGGCUUCAUACGCGCACCGCAGUACCCGUGGCGGAUGCCGCAGGGCGGCGAGGAGCACCCGAGCGUCGGGUUCUGGAUGGGCUACCUGCGCUGCAUGCUGCGCAACCGCGUGCCCCUCUAUUUCGUCCUCGCCGGCGGCGACCAGGACGAGGCCAGCCUGGUCACGGAGCUGAUCUCGUGCCUGGAGGCGGCGCUCGAGGACAAGUCCGCCGCGCUCGCCUUCCCGGGGCUGAGGCAGGUGUUCAUGCUCAACAACACGAGCGCCAUCGUGCGCUGCGCCGUGCGCUCCGACGCCAUCGGCAUGCUCCUGCCGCCUGGCUGGGCCGGCGCCCGCGAGGAGCGCAUGGAGGGCUACAUCAGAGAUUACCUGCGAGUCUCCUGGGCGCCCGUGGUGUCGCGCCUUGGCGGGAAGCCUGGAGCCAUGAACGCUCUGCGGCGACGGCACCCGCUGAGCGCGUUCCACUCGGCGUUCCAGAACGCGUGCAGCAUGCAGACAGGCUGGAAGGUGCCCAGCCCCGUGCUCAGGGGUGACCUCCGGAUGGCCGUGUCCGAGACCGUCGUGCCGGCGUACCGCCGGUAUCUGGACAGCCACCCGGAGGUUAACGUGCCCGCCGGCCGCGGCGCGGAGGAGCUCCGCCGUCACCUGUCGGAGCUGUUCGAAGGAUAGAAGAUGAAAACUUUUGGGAGCAAAGCAACUGCAUCCUCGUUUCCGGUUUUUGUCUGUCUCAUUGAUUCCUUUUGUUUUUUCAGAUAUUUUCAUUCAAACAAGAAAUUAAAUUGAACAGAAUUGUGAACAAUAACAAGCAAACAAUGUCCAUCAA